AUGUCGGAUCGAACUCCCAAGUAUCGGCAGGAGAUCCAGCAGAUGAUGUUCGUCUCUGGAGAGACUGCAGAACCGUCGGUUGAAACAACAACUUUAAUCGAAGAAAUCGUACGCCAACAAGUUAUUGAAAUUCUUAUACGAAGCACGGCCUUAGCCACCCGUCGUGGAGUCCGUUCAAUCUCCACGGACGAUCUGAUCUUCUUAAUCCGCCAUGACAAAGCAAAAGUCUCACGACUAAGGACAUUCCUUUCUUGGAAAGAUGUACGAAAGAACGUCAAAGAUUCAGACGACAAGGGCGGUGCCGAUGCAGCCGACUUUGCAGGUGCCGAUGACCCUCUUGCAGCUGGUGCUGUCGCUGGGCCGCAAGAUAUGGCAUCUAAACCCAAGAACAAGAGGGCUAAAGUUGGCCUUGUUUGGGAUGUGAACAGUUUCUACUCGGUGCAGGUUCCGGAAAGGGAUGAUGAAGAGGAUGAGGAAGAGGAGGAGCAAAACUAUGCGACGCUUCAGCGUCUCGCGGCUGCAGAUGAAAGAACGAAGCAUAUGACGAAAGAGGAAUACGUGUUCUGGUCUGAAUGCCGGCAAGCAUCAUUUACCUACCGCAAGAGCAAGCGUUUUCGUGAAUGGGCUGGAUUUGGCAUUGUGACCGAGUCAAAGCCAAAUGACGAUAUCGUGGACAUUCUUGGUUUCCUUACCUUCGAGAUCGUCCAGACUUUAACUGAAGAAGCGCUGAAGGUCAAGGAGCGGGAAGACCACGAAAAGAACAGACGCGGGCCAGCAGUUAAUGGGGGCGAGAACCCGAAGAAGCGCAAGCGGGAGACUGGUCUGUUCGAUCCUCCAGAAGAGGGCCGGACUCCCGUGGAGCCAAGACAUAUCCGCGAGGCGUAUCGCAAGCUUCAGGCAACCCCUAACAGACAGGUCGCCAUGCUUCUUCAUAAUGGGCGCAUCCCAUCGCGGUUUCCUUUAAGAUUGAUUUGA